GGUGUCUUUGCUUCCUCCUCUCUUCUCAUGUUUUACACAGGGUGUCCAGCUGAACCACAAAUCUCCUGUCUGGUGCCAUCGUGGAGGUCCGGUGGAGAAUCGCCCAAAUAUGAACAGCAGGAGUCUGUAACACAAUAAAUACUGGACUGGAUAAAGGGAUUAAGUGAUGAUUAAACAACAUGGCUGCUCAAACCUACAUUGCCAUCUCUGAGCUGCAUCCCAACUUCUCUCAUCCGAAAGUGGCAGGCAUCAUCAUUGGGAAAACUGAUGUCAAAAGCUUUCCUGACAGAAAAAAUAUUGGCGUAGACAGAUUCACUUUCAGCUUCACCAUUAAGGACUCACCUGACUUCUUCAUCAAUGUCUCAGCCUGGGGAAACGAUUGUUACGUCAACGGGCUCUCCAACAGUUUCAGCACUGGGGACUGUGUUGUCGUUGAAAAUCCUUUAGUUUCCAACAAAGACCCAGAGAAAGGGGACAAAUUCUGUCCCACAACACCAAGCCUCUACAGGCUGCUGGUGUCGGAGGCUCAUUCCCAGGUGUGUCUGUGUGCUGACAUGGGCACCAUCGACAGGCUGCUGCCACUGAUCCACCUGCCGGUGAAGGACUCCGGAGACUUCUACUCUCUGGGAGACAUCGUGGCCAACGGGCAGAAGCUGGAUGGCACGGUUAUAAAUAUACUGGCUGCACUGAGAUCGAUCGGAGAGCCAAAGGAGUUCACCACUUCAGACAGACGCAAAGGGCAGAGGCUGGAAGUGAAGCUCUUUGAUGACUCCGUCUCUUCCUUCCCUCUCGUCUGCUGGGACAGAGAAGCCAUUCAGCUCGUGCAAACUUUGAUACCCAAGGAGACGGGUAGGUUAACAGCUGCUGCUCCUUCUCAGCCACAUAAUGAAUCUUUAUUGCUCUUCAUCGCUGACGCAAAGAUUAGCUUUGACAGCUUUCGCAACGGCAUGACGGCAACCGUUAACUCAAAAACCAUUAUCACUGUCAAUCCCGACACCAGAGAGGCCAGUCUGCUGUUCAGCUACGCUAAAGAAGUAUCUGAGUCUGGUGCUCUGGAUCAAGAUGAGAAGCCAGAAGAUGUGCCCGUGGACUCCAUCACUGACGUGUACACAGUGAGCCAGCUGAAGCAGAAGGCCCAGGAGAAUCCCGAAGCUCUCUUUGGCAUCACAUACAGCUUCAUCUCCAGGCUCGACCUCGACUCUUCUGUUUCAAAAGUCAUCAAGACGCGGUGCUGCAGGUGUAAGUUUCAGGUGCCUGAGGACACACAGAGUUGCACCAACCUGCUGUGUCCAGGGAGGGAUCAAGCCUUUUCAUCCAUCACAGGAUUUGACCUGCUGGUGGACUUCACAGACCACACCGGCACCCUGCACACCUGCAGCCUCAGGAGCCCAAUGGCAGAACAGACACUCGGCUGUACGACAGAGGAGUUCACCAGUUUGACUGAUGACGAGCGGACCGCAAUGAAGUGGAAAUUUCUUUUGGAAAGAUGCAAAGUACAUGUGAAGAUAUUGCCAUCCACUACAACGAGGACUGGGAUCAGGGGGGCGGUCCUGGCCUGCUCGGUGGCCGACCCCGGAGAGGUGAAGCAGCACAUGUCUGCACUGCUUCAGCGGCCGUGAUCACAACACACACCAACGUGAGAAGGAAAGCAAUUUAUGUCGCAGUUGGCUGCUUUACCUGCUGUGUGAUUCUGUUCUGAUUGACAUGUUAACAAGGGCAAUAGUCAUUUAUACAUGUUGGAUUUGUUUUGUGAAUAGAUGCAUUCUCUGCAUUAUUUAUUUAUUAAGCUUAUUUAUUUAAAUAUAUAUAUUUAUUGAAGAAUGUACUGUUUGCUUGACUGCUAUUUACAACUGUUAAUUAAACUAACCUACACGUUUACAAAAAAAUGUAUAUGUCAAUAUGUUAUGUGUCAAAUUUAUCAAUCAACCUUUAUUGUUCCAUGACAAGAUUAUUUGAUGGUUACUCACAAAUAAAAACAAAUUCUAUCACA